AUGGUAUGGGAAGAAUGUCUAGAUAAUGCUGAGAAAGUUUGCCAAGCUAUCACCAUAAACCGUAUUACUAGUUUAGCCAAUAAAUCAAGUGUUAAAUCAAGUUCAACCAAUAAUCUGAAUAUUAAAUCAACUUCUACCAAUAAAUCAAAUGUUAAAUUGAGUUCAGUCAAUAAAUUAAGCAUUGAAUUAGAUGGUCCCAAUACACCUGGUCAUAGCAAAAUCAA